AUGGCGUGGGAUCAUCUCGCUAUCGAUAAGCCACACGUGGCCUACAUGAUUUUGGGUGGGUUCACGAGCCUGUUCAUGUUGUGCUCGCUCUUCGUCAAGGAGAGACUCUAUAUCGGUGAAGCAACAGUAGCUACACUAUGUGGUGUCAUUUUCGGUCCCCAUGCUGCAGGCCUCUUCGAUCCUAUCUCAUGGGGAAAUGUUGAUAAGCUGACAUUAGAAUGUUCGCGCAUUGUCCUUGUUGUGCAGUGUUUUGCCGUGGGUGUCGAAUUGCCCAAAUCCUACAUGGAAAGACAUUGGAAGUCGGUUGUUUUACUCCUGCUGCCCGUCAUGACCUGGGGCUGGCUCAUGACCAGCCUUUUUAUCUGGUGGAUGGUGCCUCCAUUGACGUGGCUGGAAAGCCUUGCCUGCGCUGCGUGCGUUACUGCUACUGAUCCUGUUCUGGCUUCAUCCGUUGUUGGUAAGGGUAAAUUUGCAAAACGUGUUCCCAAACAUCUUCGAGACCUGCUUUCCGCAGAGUCUGGUUGUAACGACGGCAUGGCGUUUCCGUUCAUCUACCUUGCUGUCUACAUUAUUGAGUACAGGCCAGAUUCUAAGGCAGUAGCCUACCAUUGGAUCUGCUUUACUAUCCUCUACGAGUGUAUUUUCGGUGCCUUUUUCGGUUUCAUGAUCGGGUAUAUUGGCCGCCAUGCCAUCAAAUUUGCGGAACGGAAAACUCUCAUUGAUCGAGAGAGUUUCCUUGUGUUUUACUUUGUGUUAGCUCUGUUUUGCGCGGGCUCUGGUAGUUUGCUAGGGAUGGAUGAUUUGCUUAUUGGUUUCGCUGCUGGAGUGGGCUUUAGCAACGAUGGGUGGUUUACGGAAAAGACGGAAGCAUCCCAUGUUUCCAACGUUAUUGAUUUACUGCUCAAUUUAGCAUAUUUUGUCUAUUUCGGAGCAAUUAUACCAUGGGAGCAGUUCAAUGAGCCAGAGCUUGGUCUGGUGCCUUGGAGGUUGGUUGUUAUUGCCAUUUUUGUGAUCCUUUUCCGACGGAUUCCCAUUAUGUUACUGCUGAAACCUUUCAUAUCUGAUAUUAAAUCAUGGCGAGAAGCACUGUUUGCUGGCCACUUUGGUCCAAUUGGUGUUGGGGCUAUUUUUGCUGCUAUCCUGACCAGAGCAGAGUUGGAACAUGGAACGACUCAACCUCUCGCUGUGUUGCCAAAACUAGGCGAACACAACUACACAAUCGUCGCUCUCAUUUGGCCUAUUACCACAUUCAUGGUCAUCUCGUCUAUUAUCGUCCACGGAUCUUCGAUUGCCGUAUUUACUCUUGGAAAACACAUUAAUACAUUGACAAUUACCAUGUCCUAUACACAAGCCAACGAUGACGGGCCUUCAUGGAUGAACAGGCUUCCUCGCAUUCAAUCGCAAUCCAAAGCAUCAUUGUCAUUGCGAAAAGAUUCGAUGGAGUCAGAUGCGAAUGAGAGACUCCCAGAGUUUUCGCCCGGCACGCUCGGCCCUGUUGGGUUUCCAGGUAACAUGCUGCGACGUCAGAGAGAUGAUGCAGAAAGCGAGCCAAAUAGUCGCGCAUCAAGUCGUAAGCCCUCGAGGAGACGGAGGAUGGGUGCUGGUGGACCUAUUAGCCAGUCUGCAAUUACCCCGCAGAGAAGACCGGAGGUUUCUAGCCCUUCAUUGGGUGAUGUCACUGAUGUGAACCAACCCCCACGGGGACGAUCUCAGAUGGUAACUGAAGGUUCCCAAAUGGUUCGAGAACGUAAGGUGGAAAUUUAUCGUGAGGGUGAAAAGGUGAUCAUCGAAGAUGAGCAAGGGAAUGUCUUGGACGUGGCUAAUGUCAGAGAUACAACUCCUGACAAAGAGAAUGAGAAAAUUCUGGAGAAGCUUACACUGCCUCAGAAGGACCAAACCGGUGAGCUUCCAGAGUCUCAGGAUCUCUCACAUGAGAAGACCAGAGGUGAAGAUCUUGGCCCUACUGUUAAUGAGAAGGCGCCAUGUACUUAUGAGAAAAUCAGAAAACAUCUACCUGCUUGGAUGGGAGUUGAACAAGGGGAAGUGAAAGCUCCCAAGGUUGGACCCUCGACUCAGAAGCCUCAACAAGAAGGGCGUCGGACUGCAAGGGCCUAUCAGUUUGGAAACACAAUAAUUGUUGAAGAUGCGGAUGGUGAAGUCAUCAAGAAAUUCACCAUUCCUCCUGAGAUGUCUUCUAGGGAUAUAGAAGAAGGGGGCGCUAGUGGUGCGCUCGACAUGAAACACACCCCAUUCCCUGAAUCAGAGCCUAUGCGACGAAAGAUGUCACGCGUAGGAACAUGGGUUGGUUUUGGAGAAGGUAAAGAGGGUGGCGAACAUUCGAAGAAAGCACAUCAGCUUGAAAGGGAAUCUUCAGACGACGCUCGACUUCGAUUCACAGUAACACGGGCCGAUCUGAUGGCAAGACCUGAUAUGGGACGUAGAAUGAGCAAGAACAACUUUAUCAACCAGAUUCGCUCUCUCGAUCCCAAGACUCGCGCGGAACUCCUUCAUUACUCCUCCACGCCAGAACAGGUGAAAGCUGCUCUUCACAAAGAACCUUUACGUCUGUCUGAACGACAACCUCACCCAGAAUCACAGCUACCCACACUACCUACGCACGACUAUCAGAAUAGCAGGGAACAAGGUCAACAUUCAGAACAGUCCAUUCCAACCCACAUUGUUGGUGAAGCGCCUCGCCAACACCUCAUAUCCACCCCAGAAGCCGGUAAAUUAAGCAACUCCGCGUCCAUAGCCUCUACGCUUGGUCGUCACGACUCCGAGGACGAUGGCACAGAACGUGUUCCGCCCUCGCAAUUCCGCCAAGUAGAAAGUCUCCCGACAUUCUCCUUUCCCCAACCAUCGUCGGGGCACGUCAGACGAGAUAGCGGCGAAACGCCCGCAGAACGCAAGCGGCGACUAGCAGCACUAGGCGAAUUGGCGGAUCACGGCGAUUGUGAUGAAAGUGACAAUGGUAAAAUGGAAUCGUCCGGUGGACCUCGUGCUCGAAGUCGCAGGCGUCGACGACAUCCUGUGAUUCAAGAGUCUGAUAGUGAAGACAAUGGGGAACCGCGUGAAGUGAAGGGGACGGUGCAGUUUGCUGAUGGGACGAGGCCAGCGAGAAAGAAAGGGGGUGCUGGAGAUGUAAUUAUCGCUCCCGUGCCGGCAUAUGCAGCUGGUUCAGGACCCGAUGGUGAUAGUAAUGAGGAUGAGAGUAAUGAGAAUGGAAAUGGUGGCAGAAGGGGUUUGGCAGCUGGAACUUUUAGGGAAAGGAGUGGUAAUGGGAAUGGGAGAGGGCACACGCCGCGAGUGUCAUGGGGAGGGGUGAGGGGGAGGGAUUCAUAG